GGCGGCGAGGGGCGCGGUUGGUGGCGCCCGGGACGGAUGAGUGGAGGUCGCCUGGGAGGAGUCGGCGGGAGAGAAGACAUUAUGAUAACACACUUUGAGCCUUCCAUCUCCUUUGAGGGACUUUGCAGUGAGGUUCGAGAUAUGUGUUCUUUUGACAAUGAACAGCCCUUCACCAUGAAAUGGAUAGAUGAGGAAGGGGAUCCGUGUACAGUGUCUUCUCAGUUGGAAUUAGAAGAAGCUUUCCGGCUUUAUGAGCUGAACAAGGAUUCUGAACUCUUGAUCCAUGUAUUUCCUUGUGUACCAGAACGUCCUGGAAUGCCUUGCCCAGGAGAAGACAAAUCCAUUUACCGAAGAGGGGCCCGCCGGUGGAGAAAGCUUUAUUGUGCAAAUGGCCACACUUUUCAAGCCAAACGGUUCAACAGGCGUGCUCACUGUGCCAUCUGCACAGACAGAAUCUGGGGACUUGGACGACAAGGAUACAAGUGCAUCAAUUGCAAACUUUUGGUUCAUAAGAAGUGCCACAAGCUUGUCACAAUUGAGUGUGGGCGGCAUUCUUUGCCACCGGAACCAAUGAUGCCAAUGGACCAGUCAUCCAUGCAUCCAGACCAUGCACAGACAGUAAUUCCAUAUAAUCCUUCAAGUCAUGAAAGUUUGGACCAAGUUGGUGAAGAAAAGGAGGCGACCAACACCAGGGAAAGUGGUAAAGCGUCAUCAAGUCUGGGUCUCCAGGAUUUCGAUUUGCUUCGAGUUAUAGGGAGAGGAAGCUAUGCCAAAGUACUGUUGGUUCGAUUAAAAAAAACAGAUCGCAUUUAUGCAAUGAAAGUUGUGAAAAAAGAGCUUGUCAAUGAUGAUGAGGAUAUUGACUGGGUGCAGACAGAGAAGCAUGUUUUUGAGCAGGCAUCCAAUCACCCUUUUCUUGUUGGGCUGCAUUCUUGCUUCCAGACAGAAAGCAGGUUGUUCUUUGUCAUAGAGUAUGUCAAUGGAGGGGACCUAAUGUUCCACAUGCAGCGACAGAGAAAGCUUCCUGAAGAGCAUGCCAGGUUUUACUCUGCAGAAAUCAGUCUAGCUCUAAAUUAUCUUCAUGAGCGAGGGAUCAUUUAUAGAGAUUUGAAGUUGGACAAUGUGCUGCUGGACUCUGAAGGACACAUUAAACUCACGGACUAUGGCAUGUGUAAGGAAGGAUUACGGCCUGGAGAUACGACUAGCACUUUCUGUGGAACUCCCAAUUACAUUGCUCCUGAAAUUUUAAGAGGAGAAGAUUAUGGCUUCAGUGUUGACUGGUGGGCUCUUGGAGUGCUCAUGUUUGAGAUGAUGGCGGGAAGGUCUCCGUUUGAUAUUGUUGGGAGCUCCGAUAACCCCGAUCAAAAUACAGAGGAUUAUCUAUUCCAAGUUAUUUUGGAAAAGCAAAUUCGCAUACCACGUUCUCUGUCUGUAAAAGCAGCAAGUGUACUGAAGAGUUUUCUCAACAAGGACCCAAAGGAACGAUUGGGUUGUCAUCCUCAAACUGGAUUUGCUGACAUCCAAGGACACCCAUUCUUCCGAAACGUGGACUGGGACAUGAUGGAGCAAAAGCAGGUGGUGCCGCCCUUUAAACCAAACAUUUCUGGAGAGUUUGGUUUGGAUAACUUUGACUCCCAGUUUACUAAUGAACCAGUUCAGCUCACUCCAGAUGAUGAUGACAUCGUGAGGAAGAUUGAUCAGUCUGAAUUUGAAGGUUUUGAGUAUAUCAACCCUCUUUUGAUGUCUGCAGAAGAAUGUGUCUGACCCUUCCUUUCAAGCUCUCAUUUGCUUACUGUCAUUUAGUGCAUGGAUCAACCUGUUAGCCUGGUCACAGUUGACGUCUGAGAACUCUCACUAUCCUGUUAGAGACGACAGGAAUCAUAGAGCUAAGUAGAGCUAAGAAAAAAAAAUGAAACUAGCUUCCCCACAGUCAGGUCAGACUUCAGUUACACUUGCUCUCCAGAGGCCUAGGAAUGAGUGAGGAAGCUGUCUUUUGUUUAAAGGAAAUACCACAGCUUCUCAAAAAGAGUCUCUGUUGCGUUGUGACACACAGUGGGAUGACGUCAUCAGUCUCCCACAGCUGGUGUCAUCUUGUGUUAAGUCAGCUGAAGGCUUGAUUGUGUAAUGGAGGGUAAUUCACAAUUCAUCUUGUAUUCCUAGUUUCAGAAUUCCUUGAGUUUAAGAAUCCUCCUAUAAAUGUUCUCAUUACUAGGAUAAUUAUUGCUAUUUAAAGGAACAGUUAUCAAAUUGAUACACAGUUGACUAGUUUUACUAAGAAUUGGGUUAUAAAUUAGUAGCCAUGUUUGAAAAACUGGCACAAUGAUUUAUUUAUUUUGUGUUUUAAAAUUCUUUUUUUCAGACUAAGGGGUUAGCUUCUGAGCUUGCCUUUUCAGUGAAAACUAGCAUGCUGAUACAUGUAGUUCAGAGACCCGGAAGGCACAUGAAUAGACAGUUGCUCAGUACAUAUAAAGGAAAAUAGACAUUUAAAGCAGCUGCAGAAAGAGCAGUGAUGGUGUGUUAUUUCUUAUUGUGAAUUAAUCCUACAGUUGGACUUUGAGAUUUGGUUUAAAUAGUGAGGAGACACUCACUUCUUACCCAACUAGAAGAGCACUCCAUUCACUCAGGGGAGGCAGAAUGUACAUACAUAUUUUAUUAUUUAGUGUAUAGGAAAAUAAUUUAUCUUCUAAGCAGAAUGUCUUAACUACUUUUGAUUCCUUCCUCAAAGUACAUUUCUUGUACUUUUGAGACCUGUUAAUGAUGUCUGCAGUGAAAUCAAGAACAAUAGUAAAAGAACUUGAGUAUAACACAUGUGUACUCACAUCACACUUCUAGCUCUUCCUGAGUUUUUAUGUCUUAGGUAACAAAUGUAAUCAUAAUAGAAUGCAUUUCAGGGGCAGAGUUAUUUAGUUCUCCACAAUAUUUUUAUUAAUAGUAGUAGUUAGCAACAUUUUAUUUAAAAAAGUACCAUUUUUGGCAUCAUUCUGCUGUUUAUUUUAAAUAUUUUUAUAUAAAGAACUUUAAAAUAAUUAUCUAAAUAAACUACAGUUAUCAAAUCAGUAAAAUUUAAUUUUAGGAAUGCUCUCUAGUGUUCUGCUUAUAAUGAUUUAAACCAUGUAGGCAUUUGAAAAUUAUCUUUUGGGGAACGCUACAUUUCAUUAGAAGUGUAAGUUUCCCCAGGUUUGUGUUAUGUAUUUUCUUUUCUUCAAAUAACUUAAGGCUGAGAACAUUGAAAACCUCCACUGAUUGAGGCCAAAUAAGGGACAAGUGAGGGGGCUCAGCAGGGAAAGGCACUUGCUGCCAAGCCUCGUGACCUGAGUCUGAUGCCCGAAACUCACGUGGUAAAGGAAAGAACCAGAUCCCACAAGUUGGUACACAUGGCACAUGCACACCCCUCCCCUGCAAUAAAUAAAUGUGUAGGGGUGGGGCAGCCAAAUAAAUGCAGGAAAUGCACAUCAGAAAGCAAUUGCUUUUGUGCAUUUUCAUGUUUGAGAGGUAUAUAUGUUUCCCUAACACUUAGAACUUAGUUUAAAUCAAAAGGCAGUGUUCGCAUCAUAAACUUGUAGAGAAUUCUGGUGUCGGUAUGUUUAUUACCUUUUAAGUGGUGCUGUUUUCCUUGGGGCAUUUUGGAAUAUAGAAUAAUCACUGAGAGUUUGUUUAAAAAUGCACAUCAUUGGACCUACCGUAAUACUCUUGAGAUUUUGUAUUUCAUUUUGAGAAACAUUUUCUUCAAGCUGUUCUUUUUAUGUAUGUGACCUUAUUUCUCACUGGAGUGUGAGUCUGCUUUUUGUGGUGAAAGAGUUUAAGAGGGAUAAUCAGUGAAUUAUCAUGCACAUUUGUCAACAAAUUUAGAUGGAUUAAUUCAAGUUACAUAUCUUCCCUACCCUCACCCCAAUAAAACCUGUCUGGUUUCUGCCAAUACUGUACAAAUGAUGAGCAUUUUUCUAUGAUGAGGUUUUAACCAUUAUUAAUGGUGGUCUUUGUCUUUAAAUCUUUUUUUAAAUAAGAUUUACUGUGUGUAUUUUAUACAGAAUUAUUGUAGAUGUCUUUAAUUGAGUUCUGGUUUUCAGUCCUAACGUGCCAUGCCAGCUCUGUGUAUGUCGUGUAAAAGUUCUGUCAGAAUACUCAUCAGGAUAACGGUAUGGACGGGCAGAGUGGUUAGCAUUUGGUGUCUUAGAAAGCAUUUAUUUUGCAUAAGCUGUGGUCAGAUAGUUUUAUCACAUGCAGCUGGAUUGGAUGUCUAGUUCCAUGUGUCCUCAGUGCCGGUACAUUUAGUUUAGAAAUUUGUUUUAAUUUGUGUCAUGUAGAAUACUGCCUUGUUCACUAUAAUGUAAUCUGUAUUUGUAUAAUUUUUUUACAUUAAAACCUUUAAAUAAAAUGUUUAAUACCUAU